AUGACAAAUGUACCAGGACCACAGAGAGCAAAAAUCGAUGGAGGUUUUACAGAAGGUGGCGACUUGCUUAAAGAGAUGAAUACUGUGCCUUUAUUCAUGACUGAAAUGCCGGAAGAGGAGAGCGAUACUUUAGCUGCUUUACAAACUCUCAUAUAUGAUGGUCCUCCUGAAGAGGUAGCAGAAAAUUUUAAGAAUCAAGGAAAUGAAUGCUUUAAAGUUGGUAAAUCACAAUAUAAGGAUGCAAUAGAAUAUUACACAAAGGCGUUAGAUACAAAAUGUAAAGAUGAUAAAAUUAUUGAAGCGUGUUUAACCAACAGGGCUGCUGUUAACCUGGAAUUAGAAAAUUUUAGAAAAGUUUUAACAGAUUGUUCAAAAGCAUUAAAGUUAAAUUCACAAAAUAUCAAGGCGUAUUAUCGUUCUGCAAAAGCAUUAUAUGCUCUUGAUAAAAUCGAAGAAGCUAUCGAUUGUUGUGAACAUGGACUUGCGGUACAAUCGAAUAAUAAAGCAUUACAAGAUGAAAAGGUUAAAUCAAGAGCUAUUAAGGGAAGAAACAUAAAAAUGAUUAGGACAUCAAAAACGAAAGCAUUAAUAGAAAAAUCCGUUCGAUUAGAUAAAGAAACAAAUAAUUUAAUUUGGCCAGUAAUUUUUUCAUAUCCAGAAUAUAAAGAAUCAGAUUUUAUUGAAUCAUUUAAUGAAGAAGAAACAUUUUUAAAACAUCUUGAAGUAAUGUUUGAGCGACAUGUCCCAUGGGACAAAGAAAAAAAAUACAAGGCCUUUCAACUCUCAAUUUAUUUCGAAUAUACUUUACCUACUAUCGGUGAUACUUUACCAACGACCAAAUUAUUGAAGAUUGGAAAAAGAUGUGCUCUCAAAGAAGCUUUGUCUCAUCCUAAAUGUGUUGUUAAAGAUGGAAUUCCAAUUUUUUUUAUUUUGUCAGACAAAGGGGAAUUUAAAGAAGAAUUUUUGGCCAAAUAUAAGUAA